CAUAAUCUAUCGAUUCGAGUAAAUAAUGACCGAAGAGCCGAAUACCAAAGCCUUGUUCAAAACUCAUUUCAUAGCAUGGCGGAUUUUGGGUAUGUCUCCACCGGACAACUAUCGUCCCCUGUAUUGGAUCUACUCAAUUUUGCUGAACAUCUUUGUUACCAUUGGCUAUCCGCUGCAUCUGAUUUUUGGCCUCUUCACCAGUACCACCAUGUAUGAGAUUAUACAAAAUGUGGCGAUAAAUUUCACCUGUAGCGUUUGUGCCAUGAAGACCAUUGCGAUUUGGUGGCGUUUCAAUAAGGUCGAUGUUAUGUUUGAAAUUAUUCAGCGGCAGGAUCAACGUUUUACGAGCCACGAAGAGAUAGCCUAUCUCCGAAAAGAGGUAUAUCCACCGGUUAGACGCAUCAUUUUGCUAUUUUCCAUUUUGUGUACCUUCAUUGGCAUAUCGGGAGAGUCGGCGGUAUUGGUUACGGGCCUCUUGGGUACUUGGAAUUUAAUGUACAAGGCCUAUUUUCCGUUUGAUGUCUUUGCCAGCACAAAAAACUAUAUGGCUGCCCAUUUGUAUCAGUUUAUUGGUAUCUCCUAUUUGAUUUUGCAAAAUGUGGUCAAUGACACAUUUGGGGCCUCCCACCUCUGCUUGCUGCGAAGUCAGGUUCGUAUGUUGAAUAUUCGGGUGACGAAAAUUGGUCAUGAUCCGAAAAAGAGUCGUGAGGAAAAUAAUCAAGAGUUACUGGAGUGCAUCAAGGUCCACAAGGAUCUGCUGGAAUAUCGCCGCCAAUUGGAAGAAAUCAUUUCCAUUUACAUGUUCUUCCAGAUAUUAAUCGCUGCCCUCAACAUGUGCGUCGUUUUGGUGUUCAUCAUACUCUUUGUCAGAGACAUUUUCACCCUGGCCUAUUAUGUCUCGUAUCUGACAUCGAUGAUAUUCGAAAUACUUCCCAGUUGCUAUUAUGGUACUCUACUGGAAGAUGAAUUUGAAGAUUUGGCCUAUGCCUUGUUCUCGUGCAAUUGGCCCAAACAAACUUUGGAAUUUAAAAAGAAUCUUCGCAUCGUUGCCGAACAGGCCAAACGUCGUAUUUAUGUCACUGCCUGGCUGUUUCGCAUAAAUAACAAUGCCUUUUUGAUAGCCUGUAAGAAUGCCUAUACUUUGUUCGCUCUCGUCAUGAAUAUGAAGUGAUUUGCGACCAUGGAAAACAAGGAUAAAUAAUUUUCGAAGUUAAAGCUCACAAAAUUGUCAAAA